AUGCCUUCAAAAAACGUAUGCCUAAGACCAUGGUCUUUCGAACGUAUCCCAAAUAAAAUGAUUCGUGGAUUGGACAAUGCAUUAAUUUAUACAUCGACGAAGGAAGCUUGCCUUGCUGCAUGUUUGAAUGAACACAGAUUUACAUGUAGAUCACUCGAAUACAAUUACGUAACACUUCAAUGUCAUCUGAGUGAUUCCGAUCGACGAACAACCGGACAAUACGUUCAAUUCGUUGACGCACAAGGGGUUGAUUAUUUCGAAAAUCUUUGUUUAAAAGGAAAAGAAGCGUGCAAGUCUCAAAGGAUCUUUCAAAUACCAAGAAUCGGUGUUGCCGAUGAUAAAGUUGCACAAUAUGCUGGCCUUCAUUAUUACACCGAUAAAGAAUUGCAAGUUCAAAGUGAAUCGGCAUGCAGAUUGGCAUGCGAAAUCGAAAAUGAAUUCCUGUGCAGAUCGUUCCUUUAUCGUGGUGCACCCCAAGGAUCUGCUUACAAUUGUCAUCUGUUUCAUUUGGAUCAUUGGACCCUUCCUGACGGACCUUCGACUUAUCUCAACGCUGAAAGACCAUUGAUCGAUAACGGCGAACGCGUUGGAACAUAUUUUGAAAACUUUUGCGAAAAAGGUACUGGGCCCUUGGCUGAUCCGCUUCCGGUUGUUUUCGAAACUACCGAAGAUCCUACGGUUAAUAAUCUGACAAGGAACGAUAUUAAUUGCGAUAAAACUGGCACCUGUUACGAUGUAUCCGUCGAUUGCAAGGACACGCGUAUUGCAGUUCAAGUUCGUACAAAUAAACCGUUCAAUGGUAGAAUUUAUGCACUCGGACGUUCCGAAACUUGCAACAUCGAUGUUAUCAAUAGUGAUUUAUUCAGACUCGACUUGACAAUGAGCGGACAGGAUUGCAAUACUCAAAGCGUGCGUGACGGUUUUCAGACUGGCAUCUAUUCGAACACAGUGGUACUCCAACAUCAUUCGGUGGUCAUGACAAAGGCUGAUAAAAUCUACAAGGUUAAAUGCACUUACGAUAUGUCAUCAAAGAAUAUUACAUUCGGGAUGAUGCCUAUCAGAGAUCCGGAAAUGAUUAGUAUUACUAGCGCACCCGAAGCACCACCACCAAGGAUACGAAUUCUCGAUAGCAGAUCCCGUGAAGUUGAAACUGUUAGAAUCGGAGAUAAAUUGACGUUUAGGAUUGAAAUACCCGAAGACACACCGUACGGAAUCUUUGCUCGCAGCUGCGUUGCUAUGGCCAAAGACUCUAAAAGUACAUUCCAAAUAAUCGACGACGAAGGAUGUCCAGUUGAUCCCUCGAUAUUCCCAAGUUUCACGCCAGACGGUAACGCACUUCAAUCUGUUUACGAAGCCUUCAGGUUUACGGAAUCUUAUGGUGUCAUUUUCCAAUGUAACGUCAAGUAUUGUCUCGGACCAUGUGAACCGGCUGUUUGCGAAUGGGGACGCGAAUCCGUUGAAUCAUGGGGUAAAAGACGUCGAAGGAACGUCAUGAAUACUACGGAAGAAAAAGCUGAGGACAUGACACUGUCUCAAGAAAUUUUGGUCUUAGAUUUUGGCGAUGAAAAACAAUCGGACUUUCUCAAAAGUGACGCUAGCAUAGACUUCAACGAAGCAGAUAAAACCGUGACCAUCGUAGAACCAUGCCCAACAAAAACAUCGGUACUAGCAUUGGGUGUGACGUGUGCUUUACUGGUUCUCAUCUACAUAUCCACAAUUUUCUGCUACUACAUGAAAAAAUGGUUGUCACCGAGGAAAAUGAUGCCUUGAGAAGAUUACAUUCAAUCUUUAGCAAACGAACAAAAGGCAAAUGAUUUAAUAGAGGAAACGUUUUUAUACGAUAUAAGCGCAUAUACACAUACACACACACACAUAAAAGUACAUUUUACCUGCGGCAAUAAUAUCAUCGCAUACGUGAGAAAUAUCA